CUUGAAAUUUCGUGAAAGAAACAUUUUACUGAAUGUGUGAAAGAAAAUAUUUUCAAAUUAAUUUUAUUGUAAGUUUACGUACCCAAAAUAACCAUUUUCAGUAAGAUAAUAUAAUUAUUUUCUUAAACUGAAAUAAUGGCAAUAUCUUUGUCAGCAUAUUGGGUAAAGUUUUUCAAAGGUGCUGGCUUUCCACAAGAUGUUGCAACCAAGCAUGCAGUUGUAUUUUCUAACAAUCGUAUUAAACCAGACAUGCUGCCAGAUUUGGACAAGCCUAGUCUUAAAGAAAUGGGUAUUACAUUAAUGGGAGAUAUGAUUGCUAUUAUAAGAUAUGCAAAAAAAGUAGUGGAAGAAACGACAUGUGAAAAAUUUCUCGUCGACACAGAAGAUCCAGAUACACCAGCAAAACUUGUUAAUAAACCGAUAAUUAAAAAAGCAGUGACCAAAGUAACCGCUAAAUCACCAGUUGUAAUUAAAACGAAAUCAUCUACGGUUACUAAUCCAAAAACAGUUAAAAACACAUCUACUGUGAUUCCGAAAAUAACAACUGUUAAGAAAUCAAGCGUGGUAUUACCAGAAAGUAAAAAACCUACAAAUUCAUUAAAAAGGACACUGUGUGUGGAACCUGAGGAAGGAUACAAUGAAAGUUAUAGCAAUGAUUGGUCAGUUGUUGCUAAGAAAAAACCAAAGCCACAAACUAACAAUGAUGAGGAUAAUGAUAAAGUAGGAUAUACGGUGAUAAUACCAAAAAUGGCAGCUUUGAGAAAUUUACCUGCUAAAAAAGCAGUCGAACAAAAGCGAACAGUAUUUGAUAGAUUAGGAGAUAGUUCAGUAACUAGUACAACCAAUUUGCCUGAGACUUCUCCUACAUUUAAUGUUACUGGACUGGGUAAAAAUACAUAUAAGAGAACGAUAAGCGUUUUCAAUCGUCUUGGCGAUAAAGAUUCUAAUAAAAGUGACACGCCGCAAUUAGGAAUAUUAAAGAAUGGUACUACCAAGACAACCACUUCACAGGGUAUUCUAAAAAAUAGUAGUUCAAAUGUAGGAAUAUCUAGUGUAGCUAAGAAGAAGAUUAUUGCUGCGGGUACAAUGCAUGCCGAUCAUGAGGUUAAUAAUAAAACACCUUCAAAUAGUGUCAAGCGAUUGGUACGAACAACUAAAAAAAUUACUUUCAAUGAAAAUGGAUCGAAUUUAAACAAAACAAGAAAUUUCGAAGUUACGUCUGGCAAAUUAGCUUCUGAACGACUUGCCACAAUACCAGCAAAAGCACGAUUAGGUGUGCUUAGAUCAAGUAGUGCUAAACAAGUUACUUUCAAUAGGGUUGCAACUGUUACGCACGUUAAAAAACCCGAUGUUUUUAGUCGUCUUGGCAUUUAAAGAAAACAUUCAAACACAUCAUUUAAACAUUAUUUCCAAUUACAUAUUCUUUGUACAAAGUAAUAUUAUUUUUUCUCCUGUAAAGAGUAUAUAUGUAAACAUAUAUGUUUUAAUAUAAAAACAAAAUCUAUUGUACUUCUCAAAUAGAUUAGAUAAUAUUCUUCGCAAUUUUACACAUACAAAAAAUGAACUUUUUUAAU